GCCCUUCGCCCGUCAUAUUCACCUCCCCUCGCCCUCGUAGAAAAAUACCAUCGGUCGAAAAUAGCGAAGCUAUUCUAUCCACAAGUUGGAAGCGCCGGGAAUCGCGGAACAAACGGUGGCAUUAUGGACAAAGCAUUACCUAGCCACGACGCCGCCAUGGCAUCGCAAUCGUCGACUGAAACAGCCCGCCGCCGCCGCCGCCGUCAGGCGUUGACCUGUGAGACCUGCCGCAAGCGAAAAGUCAAGUGCGAUAGGGUACAGCCAUGCUCAAACUGUAUCCGAGCACAACGGCCUGCCGAGUGCCACUACCAAGCCGAACUGCUGCUUCCGAGACGCUCGUCGGCGGUCAGGCCCCCGGCUGUUCCAGGGGUGCUCGCUCCGUUGUUGGCACUGCACCCAGCGAGGAGGACUUCUGAGCCGUCUUCCGAAACGGACACUUCUCUCAGUAAACUAUACCACAACCCUCACUCCCCUAACACGCCAUCCACCAGCCAAUCGAGCCACUCCGAUGUGGCGCUCUUGACAGAGCGCGUCAAAGAACUUGAGAAGCGUCUGGCCCAAACCCUAGCCACCGCCCAAGCAAACGCGCCCGCUCCUCAUGCUGUCGACCCGCCCCCCAAAGACCCAGACGAGCUCAAGGGCAAGUUGUUUAAAAGACACUAUUAUGGCCAGAGCCACUGGGUGCACCUUGCGCCCCUGUUCACUGUUGUCAUGGAGGUUUUCAGCAUACCGCCCGGCCAUCCUCUGUCGGUCUCGGAGAGAAUCCGAAAAUGCAAAACUCUCGCGCGCCUGAUAAAGUCUAAGAGAAUCCGCGAAUUGGGCGAGCCCGGAAGCGCCGAGAUGCCGUCCAGGGAGGUCUGCGACCAGCUUGUCGCUGCCUACGUGAGGACCUUUGAGACCGUCUAUCGCAUCCUGCACAUCCCAACCUUCUACCUGGACUACUCCAAAUACUGGGAAGACCCAGCCGGCUGUAGCGAGGCGUUCGUGAACCAGCUGAAGCUAGUCCUCGCCAUCGGGGCCUGUUUUCAGGACGACACGUACGAUAUGAGGAGCCUGUCCACGCGCUGGAUACAAGAGGCUCACACCUGGCUGCUUUCGCCCUUGUCGGCCCUGAAGUCCCGCCUGGUCCUCUCCACCAUACAGACAAUGUGUCUUUUGCAUCUGGCUCGGCAGACAACCGGCUCAGGGGAAGAUCUAGUCUGGAUAUCUGCGGGCGAGGUGGUCAGAAUGGCCAUCUACAUGGGCCUUCACCGUGAUCCCGACCACUUGCCAAGGAUGCCUCGGCUCCGAGCCGAGCUCAGGCGGAGGUUGUGGGCAACCAUCAUGGAGAUCGCGCUACAGGCAAGCGUGGACAUCGGGGGCCCUGCGGCGAUAUCGCUGUCCGACUUCGAUACCCGACCCCCUUCCAAUCUCGAAGACGCCGACCUGGAAGACCAUGGCGGCGCAGAGCCUAACGUCGGGCCGCUGCCCGACCCAAGGCCGGUAGACUGCUUCACGCAGACGUCGGUUCAGAUCGCCCUGUACAGAUCGUUCCCAACUCGCCUAGCUAUCGUACAAUAUCUCAACGAUUUCCGGCGGAAGUCCUGCUACAACACAACGCUGCGGCUGCAUGCAGACCUCACGACAGCCACGAGGGGGCUUUCUCGUGUAUUUGGCUCGUUUAGAGAUGAGGGCCUCGGACGGCCCUCUGGGUUCCAGAUUCUCGUGGUAGAACAUGUCAUGCAAUUGUUUUCCCUUGCCCUGCACCUCCCCUGGACGGCUGCCUCCCAGCGAGACCCGCACUACUAUUUCUCCCGCAAAGUCUCUGUAGAGACGGCCCUGAAAGCUCCUCAAGUUUUGGCUAGUUACGACAACAAAGGCGCCCACGCUGAGGACGUUGGGCGUGCCGACUUCCUGCGCUUGUCAACAUGUGGAUCGGGAACCUAUCGCAUGUUCCCGUGGCAGUGCUCCAUGACGCUGGGACUCGAGCUUCUGUGGCAGGCAGAAGACAACCGUGUCAUCAGGGCGGGCGCGAGGCAAAACAUCAACGCAGAUAUGUCGCUCCCUGGGGCCCAGCAGACGGGCCAUGGAAAGUCGCCUUCACAGCCAUUGGCGACGGGGCUCGGCGUGGUGCCCUCGGCGGAGCUUACUGCAGCGCUCAAGGGCGUUCAAGCCUGGGCGAUUAGGCGCGUCGCCGCCGGCGAGACCAACAUCCGGGCCAGCGUGCUGUUUUCCGGGAUCCUAGCCCAAGAAGAGGCUCUGCGACGCGGGUGCGGAGACGACGAGGUCCUGAGGCGGACGGGCCAGGCCAUGAUGGACGAAGCAGCCGCUUGCCAGGAGCUCCUCAGGUCCUCGGCAGCUCGUGUCGGUAUCGCCCCAGACUCUACCGCGCUCGGCGACAGAGCUGAGGCCAGCAUGCUAGCAGGCCUGGACCCCCAUAGACCUGAGGACAUGGGUGGCUGCGAAGACAAGGGCUACGAAGCCGACACAUUGAUCACGAGCACCCCAGAAGAAAAGUUCCUGGCUUUCGGGGGCACGGCCGCCGAGGGGUUGCCGCUUGGCAUGGACACCAGCUGGACGUGGGACGAUUUUAUAGACAUUGAAGGUCUCGACUUCAACUUUGCGAAUGGCUCCGAUCUCAACUGGGCUCCAGCGUGAUAAAAGAAGGUUCUCAAUCCCCAUCCUGGGUUCCGCAAAGGCAGAGAGGUCAUCCUACUGUCGGCACCACUCUUGACGACGCUUAAGCCCUAUUUUUAGGCCUGCCCCUUGCACCACGCGGUGCGACGUUCAAUAUUCCGAAAACUUAUCGCUACGUAGAUCCCGACCGCUCCUGCAUGCGUCUGCUUUUGACCGAAGGGGUCAUGCAGAAUGGUGUGCAAUUUGCCUGUAAUAUAGAUUCGGUGGAGGAAGCAUGUAGAAGCUGCCUUCAGCCCUGAUUUGGACCCUCAAUUUACCCGUCCAAUCAGGCCCAGUAUCAGCAGGCCAAGUAUCAGCAGGCCGCAGCCAGAAGCCUUGCUACUUAUUCGCCGCCUGUAGCCUCUUUUUGCAGUAACUUGGUCGGUCAUUGGCC